CAGGUGUGCGGCAGGCGGGCUGUCGUCCCCCCAGCCAUGCCCGUGGACCUGGCCGUGCGGCUCUGCCUGAGCCACUCGCCCCCCAUCCGCAAGCUGCUGAACUCCUACGAGGAGCUGCGGGGCAACCGAGGCCGCAAACCCCUCCGAUCCUGUCUCAACCAGAGGCCGAGCGCAGAACCUGAGCCCGAGCGGCGAGACAACACCAAGAGCUCCAAGGGCCAGAAGAAGAAGCGAGUCGUGUUUGCUGAUAUGAAGGGGCUCUCGCUGACGGCCGUCCGCUUCUUCUCAAGGAUCGAGGAGGACCUUUGUGACUUGCAGCAUGCCCUGUCUGACCUUGCCUCCUUCCGCCCCAGGCUGUGGGACUCACGCCCAGAAGCGUGCAGGUACGUGCUGGACUUCCCACAGCCCUCAGUGGACUACACGGCUUUCCGCAGCAGCCUGCACAGGAACCUCGUCUGCCUGGAGAGCUGUGUGAUCCAGGACCGUGCUCUGUCAGGGACAGUGAAGGUCAGGAACAUUGCCUAUGAGAAGAAAGUGGCCGUGCGCAUCACCUUCGACGGCUGGAAGAGCUUCCGGGACGUGCCCUGCCAGUACAUGCACAGCACGUACGGCUCGGCCGACACAGACAUCUUCUCCUUUGAGCUCACCCUGCCCAAGCCAGCCGGCGGCCGCAGGGCCACAGAGUUCUGCAUCUCCUUCCAGUGUGGACAGAAGACCCACUGGGACAACAACCAUGGGAAGAACUACAAGAUCCGCCACGUGGGCGGAUCCUCCCGUGCCGUGAAGAGUGCCAGUGGGGCCUGGGAGCAUCUUGGCACCUCUGGGGCUGCCGCCCUGGUCCUGUCUCACCUGCAGACCUGGCAGCGUUCAGAGACCCAGGCUCCUUACUGGUAGGAGGGCAGUGUGUGAAGACAUGUAGGUCCCCUCCACGUCCCGGACAUGGUACAAGGGUCUUGGAGGAAGGGUCAGCUGCAGAAGAUGCUGCUCACAGUUUUGUCAGCUCCUCCACGGCUCUAUGAGCAGCUGCCGGUCUCUGCAGAAGCUUUUUCACUGCUGGCUCCUGCCGCAGAGGCUGGAGGCUGCUGCUUGGAGUGACUCCUGUAGGUUCUUGCAGGUGACAAGGAACGGGCUGUGGGCCGGAGCCACCCAGGGAGCCACGGGGCCGGUGCUGCCCAAGUGCCUUGUGUGGAGAGGGCUGCUGGGGAGAGGGCGGGCUCCUCGUGCUCCACCGUCCCGAGAAGGGCUUAGCGCGGGGCCACCGGGCCGAGAGCGGCGGGGGCACCUCCGGUCGUUGGUGCUGUAACG